UCUUCUGUACAACAUGUCAGAGUUAGUCUCUGAGGUCAGAAACAAUGUGUUUCUUUGGCAACUACACUCUGCAAGAAUCUGUCCUACCUUUUACUAUCUUGGAGUCCUGGAGGUGAACCUAGAGGAAGUGAUUUUGGGUCCAGUAUCCUAUUGUCUCAAAGGGGCAAUGAAGAUUUCUCAGCUACCAUACUUCAAACCAGGAGAAGAUGAAGUGCUUCUUAUUGCUUGUGUCUAUGGCCUUGUUCAUAAGAGAUUCUUCUAAUUGCUUGGAAUCUGAUCUUCCAUUUUGCAAGCAAGUUCCAGAUUGGCAUGGCGAACUGACUUGCUACACAGAAAGAAAAAUAAGUCUAUUUUGCUCCUGGUUGCCAGUCCCCUGUGCUCCAAAAACUACUACUUAUACAAUAAUUUUAAAAUGGGAUAAAAUCUCGAGAUGUUUUGAAAAAACUACAGCAUCAACGUCCAUCACAAUAGAACGAAAAUCCCUUUACAUGAAUCGUGCUGUAAUUAUUUGGGUAUCAGCAAAUUACUCCCAUGAGAGCUCUGUGAAAACAAAGAACAUCUCCAUUAUACCCAGCAAGGCAGAGAAGUGUGCUAUACACUCCAUAAGUGCUCACCAGUUAUCAAACAGAUUAAUAAUUAAGUGGGACGCACCAAAAAAGUCUAUGCAAUAUGAACUGCAAUAUAAAGAAGCAUGUUCAACAUCCUCACAGUGGAUAUUGGUGCCCACAGCAAACGAUGCUGUCAAUGUGACUGUCUCCGAUUUAAACAGUACAUCUUCAUAUGUUAUUCAGCUCAGAUGCAGACCCAGUGAGGAUCACCACUGCGUUUGUGUUUGGAGUAAAGAGAUUUUAGUCCCUCAUAAGCUGAUUGACAAGCCAACAAUUUCAGCUAAUGAAACCACAGAAAUCUCUCCAGGAAGAAUAAAUGUUUUUCUUCAGUGGCAGAUAACACAAAGCAGGAAUGUCAUUGGAUACUAUGUUAAUAUUGAAAGAAUACCCAACAGUUGCAAUGAUCAACCCGAACGCAUCAGCAUAACCGAGAGAAGACUGCAUCUGAAUCUCUCCAUGGCUUAUUAUCGGUUUAAUAUUUCUGCCUAUAAUGAAGCAGGAGAAUCUCCACAGAUCACUUACGUUGUCCCAGAUUUCACCUCAACAGUUUUGCCUGGACAAAUCACUGCCAUACCACAAGGAAACAACACGGUUGUCACCUGGACUCCAGAAUACAUUCCAAAGUGUUUUGUGGUUGAUUGGGGCACUGGUAAAGAAGAUAUGCACAUGAAAAUAAUAACUAAGCCCAUGGGAAAUUUCACACUAGACCAUUUACAACCAUAUAAAUUGUACAAAAUAAUGGUGCAUGCAUCUGACAUAUGUGAAUGUGAAAGUUUCACGAGACAUGAGAGGACAUUUGGAGUGACCCACUUCUACUCAGUUCAAGGAGUUCCUAGGACAGGUCCAGCUACUGUGAAAAUUUCAAAUAUCAUGAAGCAUUCUGCUAUUGUGAAAUGGACUGAAGUACCUGCAGAAGACUGUUUGGGCUUCCUCCAGGGAUACAGAAUCAACUACACAGACACAAUGAAGAAUCUGUCUCUGGCUGUUGCUGUCAAUUCUUCUACCACCUGCUACCUGUUAACAGGACUUAAAGAAAAAACUGCCUAUACAGUACAAAUUUCAGGAGUCACCACUGCAGGAGAAGGAGCCCAAAGUCGUUCACAGUUUUUCACUACUCUGAAAUAUGAUAAAGGGGAAUUUGAAGGUAUUGUUGCUGCCCUUUGUCUUGGCAUCAUAUCCACCAUGUUUUUUCUACCCAUCAUUUGUUCUUUGAUGCUUAGAAGGUCAAGAAAAUUGUGCUGGCCGACUUUACCAAGUCCAAGAGACAGCAGCGCUAUCCAAGAUGUGGCAAGAAUCAUUCCACGGGCUAACCAGGGACUCACUUCAAGGCUGUUGCUUCAAACACAAACAGACAACGAUACUACCAUCCUUCAUGUGAUAGAAGAAGAUUCAAAGGCUUCUUUGCUGCUGCAGCCCUUUAGUGAGGACACAGAAGACAACAGUGAGUGCGAUGCAGGCCAGUGUGAAAGUGCUGGUGGUAGCCCAGACACCUGUCCAAGUCUUUUGAAAAUCCCUGAAAAAGCAACUGCAACCGAAAAAGAAAGAGUCAGCUCUAGCAUGAGGGCACCUCUCCUGAGUGAUUACACCAGCAUGGAAUUCAGUCAGAAAGCCAUGCUAAGUCUGGCGCUGAAUCUCCCUCCAUGGGCUGCCCAUCCUCAUAUGGAGGGGAAACUGAACAACUGGCCAGGAAAAGUGGAGCAACACACACUGUUUACUCCUCAAGACUAUGUGAAACAGAGCCAGGUUGUGUUUAUGCCAACUGGACCAACACUGAUGGAAGAAACCAGUUUGAGCUGAGGUUUCUCAAUGCCUCCCCGUGGCAUAGGAUCAAGCCCCAACACCUUUGAUGCUUGAUCGGAGCGGUUACAAUAUUGUAGGAUGGUGAUUCUGUGAAUGUUGACACUUCUUUGCUUUAAUAAGUUCAACAGCUAAAGUAGUUUGUGUAUAUAGUUACAUUAGCCAUUUCAGGCCCUUGCUCUUACCACAAAUCAUACUCAACUAACUCUUGCAGUCAUGACAUGGACAAAGCUCCAGUUUGGGUCCUCAAAAGAUUUUCCAGCUGGAUAUGGCUCCUCGCUACUUUGAGUCUGAUUAUUUGUCAGUGUUAAUGUAGUAAAUGCAAUGUGGUCUAGUGACUCAACUGCAGCACCCUUGAUUCUAGUCCCAGCCUUGUUUUUGGUUUGCUGUAAGCAAGUCAAAAUCUCCAAAAGUGGCAUCUAAUUUUGGGUGAGCAAUUUGAGACAACUAAGAUCUGCUUUUCAGAGUUGGUUAACAAACCCCAUCAAUCUGUUGGAAAGGAAUCCAACCAACUUGUCUAUCUUUUGCAUUUUGGGGCAUUGUGGCAACUUUCUCAACGAGGUUCCUGUUCAUUCCUUCCAAAAGAUGUUCCUGAUCAGCUUGUGUGUUGGUCAUUGCGAAGGGUACAGAAAAUCCUCAAUAGUGGGAGAGCAAGCUUUCAUCCAUAUCACACUGGGCUCUGAUAGUCUUGGAUCUCACAAGCCAGGCACGGAAUUUGCUCAGUAUAUGGAUGAGACAUCUUCAAUGAAAACCUAAGUGGUUACUGUCAGUGAUGUUAGUGAGUCAGACUCUUUGAGUCAAUGAUAUAUCAACCCCCCAGGCAGAUGUUUCGCUGGUGGAGGUGGCAUCUUUAGGAUGAGAGGGGGUUAAAAAAAAAAAAAGUCCUCAUGGCCAUUGGAGACCCCAUGACACUUUCUGCAAGAGUGGGAGUAUUUGCCAGAUAACCUAGCCAGACUCAGGAGGAAGAGGAAAUUAUUCCCCUGAGUUCAGCACUUCACAUUAAUAAAGCACCUUGCAUCCUGAAGUAGUGAUGCUAUUAUGGGUGUGUUCCCCCCCUUUGAACCAAGCAGCAAAUCAAAGUUCAAGGCCCUGUGGGUUCCACUAGGAAGAGAAAAUAAUGGAGGCAGGUAUUUCUUUGAUGCAAUCCUGUUUAUGUAUACAGAAUGUGCAAAGUCCAAUUUCUGUGAACAAAGGAGGAAACGACAACAGAAGACAGCGUCUUUUCUUUCAGCCCAUAGCUCCAACCCAAAUCUCUCUCUCUAGCUUCUUGCAGGGCCACAUCAUACUAUGUCUCUCUGUCCUGAGUUUGUGCUUGCGCGCACCCCCCCCCCCCACAGCCUUCCCCCUAGAUUGUAAGUUCCUGAGCUGACCUGCUUGUUCCUUUGUUUUGAGCUUGUUUAACUGUCUUUUACAGUUCUCUUAAGUGAAAGGUGGCAGUUAAACCUGCAAUAGGCGCUAUGAUUUCCAGUUUUAUAUAAAAUGGUUACUCACCUUCUUAUAACAGUUGUUCUUAGAGAUGUGUUGUGCAUAUCCAUUCCAAUCAGAUGUGCAUGACAGCUGGAAGAUUUUUCCCCUAGCAGUAUGCGUAGGGUCAGCCUGGCCACUCUCUGGAGUCGCACCUUCAUGGCACCCAAUAUAGGGCCCUGCUGAUCUGACCCCGCCCUCAGUUCCUUCUUGCCGGGUACCCUGACAGAGGGGUAGGAGGGUGGAUAUUGGAAUGGACAUGAACAACACAUCUCAAAAGAACAAUAGUUAUGAGAAGGUGAGUAACUGUUUUUUCUUCAAGUGCUUGUUCAUGUCAAUUCCAAUCAGGUGACUCAUAAGCCCAAAUUCAGCAGGCGGGGUUGGAGUUGUCCACCAACUGGAGUACCGCUCUACCAAAGGCCACAUGGUCUCUGGCCUGCUGGGUAAUUGCACAAAGUGUAUAUGGAGGAUCAUGUCAUUGCCCAGCAUAUUUCCUGGGUAAGAACGUGAGCCAGGAAAGCCACUGAACAGGCCUGCACCCUGGUGGAGUGCGCAGGGAUCAGAGGGCCCGGCCCUCCUGCCAGGCUGUAGCACUCAUGGAUGCAGGACAUGAUCCACAACAAAAUUCAUUGAGAAGAGACUGGAAGACCUUUCAUUCUGUCUGCCUUAAAUUAGAGUGAAUAAAUGAAGACUCGGCACACCA